CUCUGCAGUGUCCACCAACAUGAACAUGUGGAUUAGCUGCUCUCUCUUGAUCGAGAAGGGGAGUUUUCUACUAGACUACCAACGGUGAACGUGCUGUUUGAUUGGGCGCGAAAAGAAGAAUCCGAAUGUUGGGGAGGAGGAAGGGAGCCAUCGCUCACAUUGCAUCACUCACUGCACGUGCUGAUUCAGCGGGACGCAAGAGAUAGCGGCGGGUGCUGAGGACACUCGCCAGAAUCACUGCUGCUUGGAUGCCACUGUCAAAUCAAAGCAUUGCGCGGUAGUAAGGAAGGACAGACACUGCGGCGGUGUCAACGGUGACCAAAUCGCAAAGGUUUUCCUGGUGGCUGUUUAUCUGCCGUAUAGGAAGUAUGGAUUAGAAGUGACUGGGAGGACGCUAAAUCCCCUGUGUUGUUUACUGAUCUAUAGUUAUUGAGCAAAUAUAAACUGCCAGUGCUGAUCUGAAAUGCAGAUCUGAAGCAGGGCGCAAUGGACACGAACAUGCGGAAAUUUACAGUUAGGAGAUGGUUUUCCGUCUACCUUCGGAAGAAGUCACGGUCCAAAAGCUCGAACCUCUGCAGAUUGGAGGAUGAUGGCAUUCUGAAAGAGAUUGACAUCAGCCAGCACACCAAAGAGGGAUUUGAAAAGGCAGACCCAUCCCAGUUUGAGCUGCUGAAAGUGCUAGGCCAAGGCUCCUAUGGAAAGGUGUUCCUGGUGAGAAAAAUCAGAGGCUCUGACAGAGGACAGCUUUAUGCCAUGAAAGUGUUAAGGAAAGCAACACUAAAAGUCCGGGAUCGGGUGCGGUCCAAAAUGGAGAGAGAUAUUCUGGCUGAAGUCAAUCACCCGUUCAUAGUCAAACUCCAUUACGCCUUUCAGACGGAAGGGAAGUUGUAUCUGAUUCUAGACUUCCUCCGAGGGGGAGACCUCUUCACACGGCUUUCCAAAGAGGUGAUGUUUACUGAAGAGGAUGUGAAGUUCUAUCUGGCUGAGCUGGCCUUGGCCUUAGAUCACCUUCACAGUCUGGGCAUCAUCUACAGAGACCUCAAACCAGAGAAUAUCCUUCUUGACGAGGAGGGCCACAUUAAGAUUACAGAUUUCGGGCUGAGUAAAGAGGCAACAGACCAAGACAAGCGAGCGUACUCCUUCUGCGGGACGAUAGAGUACAUGGCCCCUGAGGUGGUCAACAGAAGAGGACAUACACAGAGUGCUGACUGGUGGUCAUUUGGCGUCUUAAUGUUUGAAAUGCUGACAGGAUCUCUACCAUUUCAAGGCAAAGACCGCAAGGAAACAAUGGUCCUGAUACUGAAGGCAAAACUUGGCAUGCCGCAAUUCUUAAGCCCAGAGGUGCAAAGUCUAAUACGGGCCCUCUUCAAAAGAAAUCCUGCCAAUAGAUUAGGUGCUGGACCAGAUGGAGUCGAGGAGAUUAAAAGGCAUAAUUUCUUUGGAAAUAUAGAUUGGAAUAAGCUUUACAGAAGAGAGAUCAAGCCUCCAUUCAAACCAGCAGUGGGCAGGCCAGAAGACACCUUCCACUUUGACCCCGAAUUCACCUCCCGCACACCAACAGACUCGCCUGGCAUCCCUCCCAGUGACAACACACACCAGCUCUUCAGAGGGUUCAGCUUCGUGGCCACUAAUCUGGACCAGGACCAGUCCAUUGCUGAAAUACAGCAGAACUCAACAGUCAACCCUAUUGUACAACAACUUCAUGGGACCAACAUCCAUUUCACAGAUGGGUAUGAGGUAAAGGAGGAGGUGGGCUUGGGGGCGUACUCUGUCUGCAAACGAUGCAUCCACAAAAUCACCAGUGUUGAAUAUGCUGUCAAAAUCAUCGACAGAGUUAAGAAAGAUCCAUCUGAGGAAAUUGAGAUUCUGUUGAGAUACGGGCAGCAUCCAAACAUCAUCACGCUGAAGGAUGUCUAUGACGAUGGGAGGUAUGCGUACCUUGUGAUGGAGCUGAUGAGAGGUGGGGAGCUGCUGGACAGAAUACUCUAUCAGAAGUGUUUCUCUGAGCGAGAGGCCUCUGCUCUUCUCUGCACUAUUACCAAGACAGUGGAGUACCUUCACUCACAGGGGGUGGUACAUCGAGACCUGAAACCAAGCAACCUCCUCUAUGUGGAUGAAACGGGAGAUCCUGAAUCGAUCCGAAUAUGUGAUUUUGGGUUCGCCAAACAAUUAAGGGCAGAAAACGGUCUCCUCAUGACGCCCUGUUACACAGCAAACUUUGUGGCUCCAGAGGUCCUGAAGAAGCAGGGGUAUGAUGCUGCUUGUGACAUCUGGAGUUUGGGGAUCCUACUCUACACUAUGCUCGCAGGCUUCACCCCUUUUGCCAAUGGUCCUGAUGACACCCCGGAGGAAAUACUGGCUCGCAUUGGUAGCGGAAAAUAUGCCCUCACCGGUGGAAACUGGGAUACAGUUUCUGAUGCUGCAAAGGACAUAGUCACUAAGAUGCUCCAUGUGGAUCCACACCAACGGCUGACGGCUCCCCAGGUCCUCAGACACCAGUGGAUAGUCAACCAAGAACAGCUGUCUCAGUGUCAGCUCAUCAGACAGGAUGUACAGCUUGUUAAGGGAGCAAUGGCUGCAACAUACUUGGCGUUGAAUCGAUCGCCUCUGGCCCCAAAGCUGGAGCCUGUGCAGUGUUCAAGUUUGGCCCAGAGAAGAGGAAUGAAGAGACUCACAUCCACUUGUUUAUAGCCCCCUCAGAGAUGAUUCAGGGACAGCUUGAGAAUGGGUCAAGGUGCAAUGACUUUCAUCAGACACUGGUUUAAGUGCCCGUCCAAAGAACCAGGAAGUCUACAGUAGUGGGAACAAGGAGGAGCCACUUGUAACAAGAAAAAAAAAAUUGUAGAGAAGAUGCAUCACAUUGUUGCACUAAGACAGGAAUCUUUACAGAUUUUAGAUGCACUCAAAACAAACAAAUGGUGGCUUCGAAGACAAAGUAGAAUUCUGUUCAAAUCUUCUUAAAUGUAUCAUUUGUAUUGAAGAAAUGUAACAUUAAUAUAUUUUAUUCGUUCAUAUUUGCCUUUUCAUUUAGGUGGCAUCUGAAACUGUUUGUUUGUGAAUUGACACCUGUGUAUUAUGUAGAGUAUGUUAAGAAUGAUAUUGUCUAGGAGACCAAGUCACCUUAUGCAACGUUGAGUUGACACUUUGUCAUAAUCGCUGUAACAGAAAAGUCUAGAACAGCUUGUAGUUCAUAACUACAUGAUACAAAUUUUACGAGAUUUUAUCGACAGCAUCUGUAUUUUUCCCUGUGUCUGAAAAUAAGCAUGUUGGAAUGUUACUUUGCUGACACAUUGUUCAUAGUCUAAAAGUUCAAUUACAGCUGCUAAGGGAUAUGUUGGUACAUUUUGUAGCAUUCCAGAAAUCCACAGUUAGUAUAGACAUUAAAAUAAACUGAAAUAGCUGAAUGAGUACAAGGAGUAUACAGUGCAUUCAGAAAGUAUUCAGACCCCUUGACUUUUUCCAGAUUUUGUUACGUUACAGCCUUAUCUAAAAUUGAUUAAAUAAAUAAAACAUCCUCAUCAAUCUACACAUAAUGCCCGAUAAUGAAUAGCAAAAACAUAUAUAUUUUUGCAACUGUACAAUAAAAAAAAUGGAAAUACCUUAGUUACAUAAGUAUUCAGACCCUUUGCUAUGAGACUCAAAAUUGAGCUCAGGUGCAUCCUGUUCCCAUUGAUCAUCCUUGAUGUUUCUUCAACUUGAUUGGAGUCCACCUGUGGUAAAUUCAAUUGAUUGGACAUGAUUUGGAAAGGCACACACCUUUCUACAUAAGGUCCCACAGUUGACAGUGCAUGUCAGAGCAAAAUCCAAGUCAUGAGGGAGAUGUUCGUAGAGCUUCGAGACAGGAUUGUGUCAAGGCACAGAUCUAUGAAAGGGUACCAAAAAAUAUCUGCAGCAUUGAAUGUCCCCAAGAGUGCAGUGGCUUCCAUCAUUCUUAAAUGGAAGAAGUUUGGAACCACCAAGACUUUUCCUAGAGCUGGCCACCCAGCCAAACUGAGCAAUCGGGGGAGAAGGGCCUUGGUCAGGGAGGUGACCAAGAACCCGAUGGUCACCCUGAUAGAGCUUUAGAGUUCCUCUGUGGAGAUGGGAGAACCUUCCAGAAGGACAACCAUCUCUGCAGAACUCCACUAAACAGGCAUGUAUGGUAGAGUGGCCAGACAGAAGCCACUAUUCAGUAAAAGGCACAUGACAGCGUGCUUGGUGUUUGCCAAAAGGCACUUAAAGGACUCUCAAACCAUGAGAAACAAGAUUCUCCGGUGUGAUGAAACCAAGAUUGAAUUUUUUGGCCUGAAUGCCAUGCGUCACGUGUGGAGGAAACCUGGCACCAUCCCAAUGGUGAAGCAUGGUGGUGGCAGCAUCAUGCUGUGGGUAUGUUUUUCAGGGACUGGGAGACUAGUCAGGAUCGAGGUGAAGAUGAACAGAGCAAAGUACAGAGAGAUUCUUGAAGAAAACCUGCUCCAGAGCACAAAGGUUCACCAUCCAACAGGACAACGACCCCAAGCAAACAGCCAAUACAAUACAGGAAUGGCUUCGGGACAAGUCUCUAAAUGUCAUUGAGUGGCCCAGUCAGAUCCCGGACUUGAACCCAAUCUAACAUCUCUGGAGAGACCUGAAAAUAGCUGUGCAGCGACAUUCCCCAUCCAACCUGACCGAGCUUAAGAGAAUCUGCCGAGAAGAAUGGGAAAACUUCCCAAAUACAGACGUGCCAAGCUUGUAGCGUCGUACCCAAGAAGACUCUAGGCUGUAAUUGCUGCCAAAGGUGCUUCAACAAAGUACUGACUAAAGGGUCUGAAUACUUAUGUAAAUGUGAUAUUUCUGUUUAUUCAUUUUAAUAAAUUAGCAAACAUUUCUUAACCUGUUUUUGCUUUGUCAUUAUAGGGUAUUGUGUCUAGAUUGAUGAGGAGGGAAAACAAUGUAAUCAACCACAUGGAAACCAUAUUUGAUACCAUUCCAUUGACUCCAUUCCAGCCAUUACUCAGCAGCCUCUACUGGUCUGCAUCAAUCUAUAACUUUCAGGUUGGGUCAUAAGGUUAGACAUACUGUAGUGUACAAUAUUUAUUUUCUGUAGCUUACAGUUCAAUAUUAUUUUCUUUAUAAAAUCUAGUGUGCAUUAUGUUGGAUGCUUUUGAUAGUUUUGGCAAUUUCUAACAUAAUAUUCUACUUUUGUUUUGUGGAGGGGUACUGAAACAGACCCAUUUUCAAUUGUCAAUGCAAGUUAUAUUUCUUGUGUAAAUGUGACUUAAGUUAUUGUAUCAAACAAAUGUAUUUAUUGUUUCUACAUUAUCCAUUAUGUUUGUGUAUUAAUGUAUGUUUAUGUCAAUUUGUUUUAUUUUUGAAUACAUGACAGAUUUAAGUGUUUUUACCUGAUCUGGAAUGCACUAGGUAAAUUACUUUUUAGAGGGACGUACUUGUUUUAGUAGCAGAUACAUUGGUAUGCAUUUAUUAGCAUUAUAUAUCAACAAAGAUUAAUCUUAAAACGUUAUGGAACCAAUAUGAGUGGAUUGAUUUAGUGUUCAUAUGUUGAACACAGCAUAAAACACAUACAGUUGAAGAAGUUUACAUACACUUAGGUUGGAGUCAUUAAAACUCGUUUUUCAACCACUCCACACAUUUCUUGUUAACAAACUAUAGAUUUGGCAAGUCGGUUAGGACAUCUACUUUGUGCAUGACACAAGUAAUUUUUCCAACAAUUGUUUAGACAGAUUAUUUCACUUAUAAUUCACUGUAUCACAAUUCCAGUGGGUCAGAAGUUUACAUACACUAAGUUGACUGUGCCUUUAAACAGCAUGGAAAAUUCCAGAUAAUGCUGUCAUGGCUUUAGAAGCAUCUGAUAGGCUAAUUGACAUAGUUUGAGUCAAUUUGAGGUGUGCCUGUGGAUGUAUUCAAUGCCUACCUUCAAACUCAGUGCCUCUGCUUGACAUCAUGAGAAAAGCAAAAGAAAUCAGCCAAGACCUCAGAAAAAAACAUUGUAGACCUCCACAAGUCUGGUUCAUCCUUGGGAUCAAUUUCCAAACGCUUGAAGGUACCACGUUUAUCUGUACAAACAAUGGUACACAAGUAUAAACACUAAGGGAUCACGCAGCCGUCAUACCGCUCGGGAUUGAGACACAUUCUGUCUCCUAGAGAAAAAUAGAACUGUUUGGCCAUAAUGACCAUCGUUAUGUUUGGAGGAAAAAGGGGGAUGCUUGCAAGCUGAAGAACACCAUCCCAACCAUGAAGCACGGGGGUGGCAGCAUCAUGUUGUGGUGGUGAUUUGCUGCAGAAGGGACUGGUGCACUUCACAAAAUAGAUGGCUUCAUGAGAACGAAAAUUAUGUGGAUAUAUUGAAGCAACAUCUCAAGACAUCAGUCAGGAAGUUAAAACUUGGUCGCAAAUGGGUCUUCCAAAUGGACAAUGACCCCAAGCAUACUUCCAAAGUUGUGUCAAAAUGGCUUAAGGACAACAUAGUCAAGGUAUUGGAGUGUCCAUCACAAAUCUCAAUCCUAUAGAAAAUUUGUGGGCAGAACUGAAAAAGCGUGUGCGAGCAAGGAGGCCUUACAAACCUGACUCAGUUACACCAACUCUGUCAGGAGGAAUGGGACAAAAUUCACCCAACUUAUUGUGGGAAGCUUGUGGAAGGCACCCGAAACGUUUGACCCAAGUUAAUGAAUUGAAAGGCAAUGCUACCAAAUACGAAUUGAGUGAAUGUAAACUUCUGACCCACUGAGAAUGUGAUGAAAGAAAUAAAAGCUGAAAUAAAUCAUUAUCUCUACUAUUAUUCUGACAUUUCACAUUCUUAAAAUAAAUUGGUGAUCCUAACUGACCUAAGACAGGGAAUUUUUACUCUGAUUAAAUAUCAGGAAUUGUGAACAACUGAGUUUAAAUGUAUUUGCCUAAGGUGUAUGUAAACUUCCAACUUCAACUGUACAGUAGAAUGCCACCAUGGAUGCCUUUAUGUUUAUGAUUUAGGUGCAAAUCAAGUCGUAAAGAAGCUGUGUGAAACAAACACCAGAAAUCCCAACAGUGUUUUCAGUGUACCAACACAAUGACAUAUUAUAGAAUUACAGGUUGAAAGUACACAAGAUUCAGGAAUGGUUUAUCAUUCAACUUAAGCACACAAUGGAGCUUUAGUUGCUCCAUAAUAUUAAGAAUACAGGAUAAUAUGACAAAACAGGUUCCAUAGGAUAAAUACCACACACUUACCUUUAGAAUAUUUUCAGAAUUUGACAGUACAACAUGUAAAAAGCAUUACAGCCUAAUGAACAGUGAGCCUUAACAAUUUCUGCUUUCACAAAGCUUAAUUGAAUAACUACUAAAAUACGAUAUUAGAACCAUCGAAUCACACAAUAGAUAACCUUGAUCAAUGACUUGCCUUGUGCUGCUGUGGCUUUUAUAUAGAUCUGCAUACUGAAGGUUCUUCUGAGAAGAUAUUUAUUCAAAGAGUCUCCUGUUCUGUGUUGUUCAGUCACUAAGCCCUCAAGUGAGGACACACUAUUGUCUCAAAACCCCAGCAAAGUAAGUAGCUAAAAAGUAACAUUGUGAAACUCGUGCUAGUAGGACUGUACAUACUGUAUAGGUUACUUAACUAUGUUCCUUGUAUUGGCAGUGCAUGCCAAAACUUUACAAAUCAAUCAAGUGGGAAAGAAACUCUGUUGUGUUGAUAUUUUGUGAUGAUAGUCACAGGCAUACACACAGUGACCCUUAUCAGUUUGUGGACAAUUUCUGGUCCUGUGGGUCUUCGCAAUGCAAGGGUGACUUCCCCUGGGGCUACCCAUACAAAAAAAAUAUAUGCAUACACCACUGUAAGUUGCUUUGGAUAAAAGUGUCUGCUAAAUGUAUAUUAUAUUAUUUAAUAUAAUAAUAGUGUGCUGAUUUUUUUUCAAGCUAGGCCUAAUUGAAUGCAAUUUUGGUUUACCUUCGCUAGAAACCUGGUUGAACCUGUUUCACAGUAACAAAAAAGAACAAUGGGGGGAAAUUGGUAGUGUUGUGCUACUUCUCCUGGCUACCACUGAUUGAAUGACUCAUUUUUGGGACAGUGGAGGACAGAUUACUUUCUAAACUGAGGUCGAGUCUGUGGUAGAGUCAUUGUAAUUAUACUCUUCACAAGCCCAAAUCUCUCAGGACCUGCCCUGACAAUUUAAUGUCCCAGCCUGUGGCUCAGGUUUAAAAUCUCUAAUCAGGGAAAAGCAGCAUUUUUUCACUGGGUAAAAAUAGGUUGAAUCAACAUUGUUUCCACGUCGUUUCAACCAAAACAUAAGAGUGUGAUUACGUCAUUGUAAAUAAGAUU